UUCCAAUUCAAGCAUUGAAAUGCAUAUUGGGAGGGUUAUCCUAAUCUGCAAGAAAAAGCAAUGGCCUACUCAAUCCCAAUCAUUUCUUAAACAAAGAAAAUAAGAAGAAAACAGGACAGAAAGGUUUUAUUGUGAUUGGAAGGUCCCGCGCUUUUCUUAGACUCAACUUUCAAAGCACUCCGAGUGAAGGUUGGCAGGCGCCUUAUAAAUGAUGAGGCUCUCCAUUUGCUGCUUCACGAGUCGAUAGCAUAAAGCAUCCUCCUCAGGGUGGUUCGUGGGAACUGUUUUUGUAUGUGUGAUAGUGGGACGUGUAAUUGGUGGUUUUUGAUGGGGAACUGUACAAGUGGGAAUCCAACUGAUAAUAUCAUAGUAAACCAUGACUUCUACAAGGGACUGUACUCUUGGCAUCCCAAUUGCUGCAAUGGCUUUAUAGUAUCAGCCAAUUCUGGUAACCAGGUUGGAUUGUCACCAAAGUCAGGUGGUAAUUAUGCAGUUAUCAAAAAUCGCACAGAACACUGGCAGGGUCUGGAGCAAGAUAUCACAAGAAAAAUUUCACCAGGUUCUACAUACUCAGUUUCUGCUUGUGUUGGAGUAUCGGGGCCCCUUUCAGGGUCUACAGAUGUCAUGGCAACCUUGAAGCUAUUAAACCAUGGUUCAGGAGCGAGCUAUAUGUUCAUUGGAAAAACAUCUGUGUCAAAGGGAAAAUGGGAAAUGGUGGAAGGUACAUUCUCAUUACCAACAGUGCCUAAUCAGGUUAUAUUUUAUUUGGAAGGGCCUCCUCCGGGUGUUGAGCUGCUUAUUGAUUCAGUGGUUAUUAGGUGUCCUAGUUCAAGCAAGUCAGAGAAGAGUACAAGCAUAGGAUGCAGUGCUGUUGGAGACGAGGUCAUCAUAAACCCUCAAUUUGAAGAUGGUCUCAGUAACUGGUCUGGAAGAGGCUGCCAGGUUGUUUUGCAUGAUUCUAUGGCAGAUGGGAAGAUUGUACCAGAAACUGGGAAAGUUUUUGCAUCUGCAUCAGAGCGCACUCAGAACUGGAAUGGAAUCCAGCAGGAGAUCACUGGAAGAGUGCAGCGAAAGCUAGCAUAUAAUGUAACAGCUGUUGUACGGAUAUUUGGUAACAAUGUCACAACUGCUACUGUACAAGCUACAUUAUGGAUCCACACACCAGAUCGUGGCGAACAGUACAUCGGAAUUGGCAAAGUGCAGGCGACCGAUAAGGAUUGGGUGCAAUUGCAGGGAAAGUUCCUUCUAAAUGGUUCCCCUUCAAGAGUAAUCAUCUAUUUAGAAGGCCCACCUCCAGGCACGGACAUCCUUGUCAAUGCCUUAAGCGUAAAGCAUGCCGAGAAAAUCCCUCCUUUACCACCACCGAUUAUUGAGAAUCCUGAUUAUGGAGUUAAUAUAAUUACAAAUAGCCAACUAAGUGAUGGAACCAAUGGAUGGUUUCCUCUUGGUAACUGCAAUUUGAAUGCUGCAUCAGGCUCACCAAAGAUACUUCCUCCAAUGGCUAGAGAUUCCCUUGGUGUCCAUGAACCUUUAAGCGGCCGCUAUAUCCUGGUGAAAAAUCGCACGCAAACUUGGAUGGGCCCAGCUCAGAUGAUCACUGAUAAGCUGAAACUUUUCUUGACAUACCAAGUAUCUGCUUGGGUUCGAAUUGGUUCUGGAGCAAGUGGUCCUCAAAAUGUGAAUGUUGCACUUGGUGUGGACAACCAGUGGGUAAAUGGUGGACAAGCUGAGAUUAAAGAUGGUAGAUGGCAUGAAAUCGGUGGUUCCUUUAGAAUUGAGAAGCAACCAUCCAAGGUUAUGGUUUAUGUCCAGGGUCCAGCUGCAGGUGUUGAUUUCAUGGUUGCUGGACUUCAGAUUUUCCCUGUUGACCGUGUGGCCCGGUUUAAGCAUUUGGCAAGGCAAACUGACAAGACUCGAAAGCGUGAUGUUAUCCUUCAAUUCUCAGGAUCUGAAUCAAGCAGUUUGUUUGGAACCUCUGUUACAGUCAUGCAAACACAAAAUAGUUUCCCUAUAGGGUCUUGCAUCAAUAGAACAAAUAUAGAGAACGAAGAUUUUGUUGAUUUCUUUGUGAAAAACUUCAACUGGGCGGUGUUCGAAAAUGAAUUGAAAUGGUAUUGGACGGAACCACAAAGAGGAAAUUUCAACUACAAAGAUGCUGAUGAUAUGUUGGCUUUAUGUCAAAACAACAAAAUAGAAACCCGAGGUCAUUGUAUUUUCUGGGAAGUUCAGUCCAGUGUCCAGCAAUGGAUUCAAGCAUUGAACAAAAUUGACUUGAUGAAAGCUGUUCAAAAUCGUCUAACAGGCCUUCUCACACGUUACAAGGGAAAGUUCAGGCACUAUGACGUGAACAACGAGAUGUUGCAUGGGUCAUUUUAUAAAGACCGGUUGGGCAAAGAUAUCCGAACAUACAUGUUUAAGACUGCAAAUCAGCUUGAUCCAUCUGCCACCCUAUUUGUGAAUGAUUAUCAUGUUGAAGAUGGAAGGGACACCAGAUCAUAUCCUGAAAAGUAUAUUGAACAAAUUAUUGAUUUGCAGCUGCAAGGUGCACCUGUUGGAGGGAUUGGGAUUCAAGGACAUAUAGAUAAUCCAGUAGGACCAAUAGUGUGUAGUGCUCUGGAUAAGUUAGGCGUUCUUGGUCUUCCUAUCUGGUUUACAGAGCUUGAUGUGUCUUCCCUCAAUGAACACAUUCGAGGGGAGGAUUUGGAAGUUAUGAUUAGAGAAGCUUUUGCACAUCCUGCUGUGGAGGGUGUAAUGCUGUGGGGAUUUUGGGAAUUGUUCAUGAGCCGGGACAAUGCCCAUCUGGUUGAUGCAGAAGGUGAAAUCAAUGAAGCUGGGAAGAGAUUUCUCGCUCUUAAACAUGAAUGGUUGUCUCAUUCACACGGACGUAUCGAUAUUCAAGGACAAUUCGAAUUCAGAGGCUUUCAUGGGACAUAUGUUGUGGAAGUUGAAACUGAAUUGAACAAAGUUUCGAGAACAUUUGUUGUUGACAAGGGCGACUCCCCAUUGGUGGUGUCCAUAGAUCUGUAAAAUCGAAUUAUUAUGAAUAAAAUAUGGGAUGAAUCAA